CUCGUAUAUAGGUGAUCAGUAGCAGUAAUGGAUCUAAUUUCUCCCAGUUUGCUAAAGGAAGACCAGGGAUGUCAAUAUCGUCAGUUCCCGGGCAAGGACUCCUGAAGACAAAACAGAACGAGGAUCCAGGGUUUGAAAUCAUCAAAGAGGUUCAAGGAUCUGGUAAACCCUACAGCAGUAUGUACAACAAUCCCUCUCUCUCAGCACUCGCUACGCUCAUGGGGACUGGAGCAGGGCCGCACUCAGGACUCGGAGGAGCAGGGGGGCUCUUGAAUCAGAACUUUCUACAGAAAUACUCAAUGGAUUGGAUGCGCGCACUUGAGAACGGUAGUAUGAACAGUGGAAUGUUAAACCCAUUCCUGAUGGGGAAUAUGGGUGGUAUGAGUGGGAUGAACGCCUUUAGUGGUUUACCUGGCAUGGGAAUACCGCAAAUGAACGCCAGCAUGCUGUCUAACCUGUACAUGCAGGGCGGGGUCCCUAGGUUCCAGGGCAGGAUGAUGGACCAGCUUGGUUACCCUAGUUUGACCAGACCGUCAGCUAGUAAAGGGGAACAGGAGGACGAGGAGGUGGCCGCCGAGGAUGAAGAGGAUAUGGGUGUGAUUGAGACCUACAGUAAUUAUAAACCAACGAAACUAAAUGUCGGGUUGGACCAUCCUGAUCCUGUAGUAGAAACUGCUAGUUUAGCCAGUGUAGAACCUGCAGAUGUCUGGUACACCAUGUCUAUACCAGAGGAAUGUAUUCAAAACAGAAAACUAUCUGCGCUACAGCUUGAGAGCAUAGUGUACGCUAGUCAGCAGCAUGAACAGUUUCUACCUGACGGUACACGGGCAGGGUUUCUUAUCGGAGAUGGUGCUGGAGUAGGAAAGGGUAGAACGAUUGCAGGCGUAAUCUGGGAGAACUACUUGAAGGGAAGAAAACGAGCAAUCUGGGUUUCUGUAUCCAACGAUCUGAAGUAUGACGCGGAGAGAGAUCUAUCAGAUAUAGGUUGCGAGGGACUAGAUGUCCACUUCCUGUCCAAGAUGAAGUAUGCCAAGAUAAACUCUCAGAUAAACGGGAAUAUUAGGAAAGGGAUUGUGUUUGCUACCUACAGUGCUCUCAUUGGGGAGUCCCAGGGAGGAGGAAAAUAUAAAUCAAGGCUGAAGCAGUUGUUGCAUUGGUGCGGAGAUGAUUUUGAUGGAUGUAUUGUGUUUGACGAGUGUCACAAGGCUAAAAACCUUUGCCCAACAGGUUGACUUCUAAAACAUAUU